AUGGGCAAACACAACCUAACAGUGCUCAAUGAAUUCAUUCUUAUGGGAAUCACAGACCUCCCAGAGCUGCAGGCGCCAUUGUUUAGGCUGUUCCUCAUCAUCUACAUGAUUUCAGUGGUGGGCAACUUGGGCAUCAUCAUCCUCACCAAGAUGGACUUCAGGCUACAAACUCCCAUGUACUUUUUUCUCAGACACCUGGCUAUCACUGAUCUUGGUUAUUCAACAGCUGUGGGACCCAAAAUGUUGGUAAAUUUUGUUGUAGGUGAAAAUACAAUCUCCUAUUGUUUUUGUGCUAUACAGCUAGCUUUCUUUCUCUUGUUCAUCAUUAGUGAAUUAUUCAUUCUGUCAGCAAUGUCCUAUGACCGCUAUGUGGCUAUCUGUAACCCUUUGUGCUACACAGGGGUGUGUUCUGUUUGUGCUAUGCAGCUAGCUUUCUUCAUUGUGUUCAUAACUAGUGAGCUUUUCAUUCUAUCAACAAUGUCCUAUGACCGCUAUGUGGCCAUCUGUAACCCUCUGCUCUACACAGCCAUCAUGUCACAAAGGACUUGUUGGGUGUUGGUGGCAAUCCCCUAUUUCUACAGCACGUUAAUUUCUGUUCCAGUCACCAUAAAGAUUUUUAAUUUAUCCUUCUGUGGCUACAAAGUCAUCAGUCAUUUCUACUGUGACAAUCUCUUCUUGUUAUCCUUGCUCUGCUCAAACACCCAUGAAAUUGAAUUGAUUAUUCUCAUCUUAUCAGCUUUUGAUUUGGUUUCAUCCCUUCUCAUAGUUCUUGUUUCUUACCUGCUCAUUUUUAUAGCCAUUCUCAGGAUAAACUCAGCUGUGGGCAGGCACAAGGCCUUCUCCACCUGUGGAUCCCACCUGACCAUGGUGGUUGUGUUCUAUGGGACUUUAAUCUUUAUGUACAUGCAGCCCAAGUCCAGUCAUUCCUUUGACACUGAUAAAGUGGCUUCCAUAUUUUACACUCUGGUUAUUCCCAUGGUGAAUCCCUUGAUUUAUAGCUUGAGGAACAAAGAUGUGAAACAUGCCCUACAUAGGACAUGGAAAAAAAUAUGCAAUAUCUGUUCUGCACUUUGAUGUAUCAUAUGGUUACUAUAAAUUACAUCAUGGGCUUCAAACCUUGUCUAUGUGACUCCAUAGGGAAUAGAGAGCACAAAUGUAUUCAAAAUAUAUUUAUAAAUUGCCUUCUGCGUGCCAGUCACUCUUCUAUGUGCACUGAUGAACAAAAGUGUACAAA